UUAGGUUAGGUCGCGACGGUCGAACGCGAAGCGAGCGACGCGCAGUGGUGGACUCGUUUAAAUUUAAUCCUUCGUUCGGGAAUCUUGCCGGAAAAGGGGAAAAAGGGUUCCUUGCGUCGAGGUUCCUUCUAAUGAUACAAUUUUGCAAUGAUUUGGAAAAACAGGAAUAAAGAUUUCGUCCGGUUUCAAAGCGGUCGAAAGAAGAUGUAGCGAGGAGCGACCGUGGUUGCCGUCAGCCGUGACAUCCGUGACCCUAACCAAGCGCGCGGCGUUACGUCAGGAAAACGAGUUUUCUUCCUCGAGAGUCGUCGUCCACUCGCCCUGGUAGGAGCGGAGAGCAAUCGAGGAGCGUUUCAGCCUGUGCAGUCCUCAGAAGUGCAAAGUCCACCUUACAACAGGCUACGCGACUGCAUUCCUGACAUAGCAGUUUGUUAGUCCGCGCUCUGAUAAGCGACCGUUAUCACGAAUUAUAUUUGAAUAUCUGCAACUGCUGUUAAAAACCGGGGCAAGAUGGUUCUCAAGCCAAAGGUCUACGUUGUCGGGGUGGGCAUGACAAAAUUUGAAAAGCCAGGGCAAAAGGACAGCGUAGAUUACCCUCAGCUGGCAAAGGAAGCUGUCACAAAGGCUCUGCAAGAUGCGAAUGUCUCUUAUGCCAAUGUCAAGGCUGCAUGUGUUGGAUACGUGUACGGGGAUUCGACGUGCGGCCAGCGGGCACUGUACGAAGUUGGCCUGAGCGGUUGUCCAGUAUAUAACGUUAACAAUAACUGUUCCACUGGUUCCACUGCAUUGAUCAUGGCCAAGCAGAUCGUCGAGACAGGAGAGGAUUGCGUCUUGGCCCUGGGUUUCGAGAAAAUGGAGCCUGGGUCCUUGACGUCCAAGUUUAUGGACCGCACCCAUCCGAUGGAUAAACACGUGGAAUUAAUGGCAGACAUUGCAGGUAUUUCUGAGAAACCUAUAACCGCCCAGUUGUUCGGCAAUGCAGGUAUCGAACACAUGAAGAAAUAUGGAACCAAACCGGAGCACUUUGCCAAGAUCGCCUACAAGAAUCACUUGCACUCCGUAAACAAUCCGUACUCUCAGUUCCGGGACAAGUACACUCUAGAGCAAAUAAUGAAGUCUCCUACAGUUUUCGGACCUCUCACAAAAUUACAAUGCUGUCCCACAUCCGACGGUGCUGCAGCCGUUGUCUUGGCAAACGAAAAUUUCGUUCGAAGGCAUCGCUUGGAAUCCCAGGCCAUAGAGAUCGUCGCGAUGGAGAUGGCCACCGAUCUGCCAUCGACCUUUGCUGAGCGCAGUGGGAUAAAACUUAUUGGAUACGAUAUGACAAGACGAGCAGCCCAAAAGGCAUUCGCGGACUCGAUGUACCGUCCCAUGGACGUGGACGUGGUGGAGCUGCACGAUUGCUUCUCGGUGAACGAACUGAUCACAUACGAAGCCCUUGGUCUGUGUCCACCGGGCAAAGGUGGAGAGCUGGUCGACCGAGGUGACAAUACCUACGGAGGGAAGUACGUGAUAAAUCCCAGCGGAGGACUGAUCUCGAAGGGCCAUCCCCUGGGAGCGACCGGAUUGGCGCAAUGUUGUGAGCUGUGCUGGCAGCUCCGAGGAGAAGCUGGCAAAAGACAAGUCCCCGGAGCCAAGCUGGCUCUUCAGCACAACAUAGGUCUAGGGGGUGCCGUGGUCGUAGCCCUGUAUCGCAAAGGGUUCCCCUCAGCCUCUAGGCCUCGAGCAAACGGAGUAAACGCCAAAGUGAACCCCGACCUUUUCAAGGCCAACGUGCUCUUCAAGGCUCUCGAGAUCGCCAUGCAGGAGGACACCGACGGGCUCAUCGAGAGGGUCCGAGGUAUCUACGGAUUCAAGGUCAUCAACGGUCCAGGAGGCGCCGAGGGCUAUUGGGUGGUCGACGCUAAGACCGGGAAAGGCAAAGUCGAGUUCAACGGCAAGACCAAGCCCGACGUGACCUUCACGAUCAGCGACACGGACAUCGUCGACUUCAUCUCUGGAAAGCUGAACCCGCAGAAGGCCUUCUUCCAGGGAAAGGUCAAGAUCCAAGGGAACAUGGGGUUGGCGAUGAAGCUCCCCGAUCUGCAAAAACGCGCCGCCAAAAAGAUAGAACUAAUCCGCGCCAAAUUGUAAACCCUCGCGCGACGAAGUCCAGAGGUUCGAUCAUUCCGUUAAAAGCUAAUAUAAAUAAUCGUUCGUCGAUCAAAUCGCCGAAUCGUGUCGUGGGUCGCGUUAAGGGGACGCGAAAGUGGCAUCCGAGAUAUCAAUUGUCCAUGAAACUUUUCUCCAAACUGGGUGCACCAAAUCGUUUCAACCUUUACAGCGUGAAUAUGUAGGCUAUAAGGA